GAGCAGCAUUCCUCCUGCAGCAGAUGAGCUCCUCUUCAGAAUAUUUAAGAUGGGGCAUCAUGUGCUGCUGUGGGUCUUAUGUCCUCUGCUGCUGCUCAGCGUGUGCAGACCCGCCGCUGCGGUCAGCGUGAAGGAAGACCUGGCCAGAUGCCUGAACGACACCGACUACAGCGACCUGAUGCACACGAUGGCCCACGGCCUCCCCGCCAUCAAAACGCCUCAUCAUGUCGUGAUCGUCGGAGCCGGCAUGGCUGGACUGACGGCCGCCAAGCUGCUGCAGAAAGCAGGACAUCAGGUGACCAUAGUGGAGGCCAGUGGUCGUAUUGGAGGCCGUGUGCAAACCCACAGGAAUGAAAACGAGGGCUGGUACGCCGACCUGGGAGCCAUGAGGAUCCCCAGUUAUCACUACAUCGUCCGCUUUUUAAUCCAAGAAUUUGGUUUGAAGAUGAAUAAAUUUCACAUGGUCGACACGAACACCUUCUACUACGUUCACGGCCUGCGGCCGAAAACCUUCGCCGUGAUGCAAGACCCCGACGCUCUGAAGUACAACCUGCCGAAACGAGAACGCCACAUCGCGCCGCUGAAGCUGCUGGAGAUGGCUCUGCGAAAGGUCAAAGAAGAGGUCAAGGCUCACGGCUGCAGAGCAAUGCUCAGGAAAUACGACCAUUACUCCGUAAAGGAAUAUUUGCUGACUGAAGGCGGUCUGAGCGCAGAGGCAGUGAGGAUGAUCGGGGAUCUGCUGAACGAGAACAGCCUCAUGCAUCUGGCUUUGACUGAGAUGAUCUACAUCGAGAACGACGUCAGCGACGCCACCACGUACGAUGAAAUAACUGGAGGGACGGAUCUCCUGGCUAAAGCGUUCCUGACGGUCCUGGACGGUCCCAUCCUUCUGGACUCCCGGGUCAGGCGGAUCCAGCGGACCCAUAAGGGCGUGACCGUCUGGUAUCAGAGGGAAAACGACCCGUCUUUAGAAAGUCUGCAGGCCGACGCUGUGCUGGUAACCACGACGGCCAAAGCUGCCCUCUUCAUAGAGUUUGAUCCGCCGCUCUCCACCAGAAAGAUGGAGGCCAUGCGCGCCGUUCACUACGAAAGCUCCACCAAAAUCAUCCUCACUUUUAAGGAAAAGUUCUGGAAGCGCGACGGCAUCAUCGGAGGGAAGAGCAUCACAGACAGACCCACUCGCUUCAUCUACUACCCCAGCCACAGUUUCCCAGGAAACGACAGCAUCGGCGUCCUGCUGGCCUCCUACACCUGGGGCGACGACUCACGGCUCUUCCAGGGAGCCAGUGAUGAGGAGCUGAAGGAGCUGGCCCUCAGGGACCUGACCCACAUCCACGGCGAGUACAUCCGGGACCUCUGCACCGGCGUGAUCGUGAAGAAGUGGGAACUGGAUCCGUACAGCCUGGGCGCGUUCGCUCUGUUCGCGCCGUACCAACACAUCGAGUAUUCUGCAGAGCUCUUCAGGCAUGAAGGACACAUUCACUUUGCAGGAGAACACAUGGCUUUUCCUCACGCGUGGAUUGAAACGUCCAUGAAAUCUGCGAUCAGGGCAGCUCAGAAUAUUAAUGCCGCCGUGCACAAAGAUUCCCGCAAAACCGAACUGUAAGAAACCGAGUCUGAGCAAAGUGACGUUCAACCUUCUUCACAUUUAACAAAACUGAUGUCAAAUGUGUGCAGGUAGUGCAUUUGCACCACAGUUGAUUUACAUAAAACUUAUUUAAUUUUGUAAAUGUGGGGGUGAGGUUGACCUUGGAUGCCCUCUGGAAACAUUUUUUAUAAACUUUAAAAUAAUAGCACACACUUUUUUUUUUUUUGCUGCACUAACAUUUGACACUAAUUUCGUUUAAUUUGAAAAAAAAA